AUGAACUCCAAAUUAGAACUAGUAGAAGAAACGGCCGCUCGUGAGAAUGUAGACUGUGCAACACGCGCAAUGAAAGAUUUUCUUGUACCAUCAUCUACUUUACAACAAAUUAGUGCAGCUGAAGCAACAAUUGUCUAUCAUGGCGUGCGCCAUGGUCAUAGCUAUUUUAGUCAAGCGUGUACAAUGAAUGUUGCAAAAAAAUUAUUUAGUGAUUGUAUAGUUGAAAAAAGUUCAGUAUGUGGUGAAAUCAAGUCGCCACCAUAUUUUACAAAUGAUAUAAUUAAAAAAUUAUCUGAAACACGUUAUUUUUCACUUUGUUAUGAUGCAUCAAACAAAGGGAAUUUGAAAAUGUUUCCAAUUGCCGUUAGAUUUUUUACUAUUACUAGUGGUAUUAAGUGGGGUGUAUUAGAAUUUAUUGAACAAUCGGGUGAAACAGCAACGGUAGUUGUUAAUACAUUUAAAGAAGUUUUAAAAAUUAAUGGUAUUGACAUUAAUAAUUUAAUAUCAAUGGGUGCUGAUAAUACAAACGUUAAUUUUGGUGUUAAUCAUUCAGUAGUUACGCUAUUAAGAGAAGAUUCACCAUAUUUAAUUAAAGGUACUUAUUCAUUAAGUUUUUGCAGAUUUUUUUAUUUUGAUGGUGCGUUGUUGUUUGUUUUCGGGAAUUGUUUUGCACAUGUAUUGCACAAAACUGUUAAAAAUUCUCAUAAACUAUUAUUGAUGUUGAAGCUGUUUUAUCAAAAUUAUAUUCCCAUUUUUCAAGUUUUGUUAAAACAUAUUGUUAUUCGGUGGCUUAGUUUAUUUAAAUCAAUUGAAAGUUUGUUAAAAGUUUAUGAUCCAUUAUCUUCUUAUUUUUUAAAUAAAAAUGAUGAAGAAGAAUGUCCACAAACAAUGGCUGAUUUUUUGGUAUAA